UUAAAUAUAUAUUCUUGUGAUAAAUCGGCUGUAAAACGCAACGGACGAUUAAAUUGGAUCGUUUCUAUCGGUAAACUGUGAGUACAUGCUCUAUAAAAGAGAUUUCCUAUUAUUACUUUUAUCAUUUUGCUACUCUUUGUCGAUGAGAGAUCUGACGGUACUCCUUAUUGAAAUGAAAAUAUAUACGCCACUGAAAGUAUAAUAGUGUCUGCUAGCGUAGCUUUACCGCGCAAGCGUGAGCGUCACUUUGUGAGGCUGAAGUAAACAAGAGAACUGGCGCGUCUCUCAUUCGGGCGGGUCGCUCCAAGGGACCUGGCUGGCUGCUGUGCGAUGACCUAGCUUGUCCAACUGUGAAGCAAAGCGGAAAUGUCAUCCAAACCCGUCUUAAUGUAAUCUCGGAAUAAUUGAUAAGAAGCUUUUGUCGCGAUUAAAAGGGAUUAGACAACUGAGGGAAAGAUGAUGCAGAUAAACAUGUCUUCGUCAUUGCAAAAUGAAGAAAGGAAUGAUCCAUGUCUUAACACGAAAUUCAAUGUACAAAAACGUAGGAGAUUUAAAUUGUCACAAUUUUCUUUCAUGAUUGUUAGCAUAUCAUUCUUUUUAAUGCUCUCCCUAGCAUUGAGGAUGACAUUUCUACAAACGAUACAGUUACAAGAACAGAUACUUUCAUAUUUCCUCAUGAGUACAAGCAAUCAAAGUAAUGAUGUUAAAACGUCAAAUGAAUCCUGGCAAUUAGAAAACAAUAUUGAUUCUUUUGGUCAGUUUACAUCUUUGCUAAAUUAUUCUCUGACGACGGAAAGUAACGUAAGCAACGAUUACGAAUUCAAGAUAAAGAGUGAACUGCGUGCGAGAAGAGUGCGAAGAGAAUUGAGCAAAGAUCGAAGGAGGAAGAGGGAUGGAAAACAGCGACAGAGCAAAGAAGACGAGGAAACAUAUGAACGGAACAAGAGGAGAGGUAAAAAGCAACGAAACGAAAGAAAAAAUAAAUCCCAGAAUCAGAACAAGAAAAAAGGUGGACAACGGCAACGGAAGAGACAAUGGCCAUUAGUAGUUACGUUCGUUGGUGCAGUACUACAACAAAGUCUUGAAGCCUCAGGUUAUAUCGGGCCUUGGGUUGCAAGCAAAAAACAUGAAAAGCACACGUCUAAAUUCCAAAAGUAUCAGUUGGUGGAGAAUGGUAUGUCGAUCGAAGUUGGCAUAGAUGGCUUAUAUCAGAUCUCUGUACAGAUUUAUUAUGGAGCAAUACAUAAAGAUAAAGUAUGUGGACGACAGGCAAAUUCUUAUUGGUUAUUGUUACAACGUAAAAGUUCGUUGAGAAAAGAAAAACUCAUUAUAUGUACAACCAAUUCUUCUAGUGAAGCAGCGUCAUGUUUUACGAGUGUAAUUAUAAGUCUAGGGAAAAACGAUAGACUGUUCGUGCAGCAACAGGAGAAGAAUAGAUUCGUAGAUCUGCAAGAGGGAAAUAGUCACAUACAAAUUAUGUUGCUCCGCGAAGAUAACAGUCAACAAAGUCAUUGAAAUGAUCUGCUGUGAUAUUUUUCCUCCGUUUCUAAAGGAACAUGUGUGGCAGAACUCUCAGUGGCUGCUUCCCUCCGAGAAAUCAUGUUUGUAUAAUAACCAGGUUCUUGGUUGAUUUCAACUUGGUUCCUGUCAUUUACUAAGCAGCGCACAUCUGUGCUACGCUCGCCACGAUUUAGUACUUAUUUUAGAUUUAGACGAAGACAUUAUCAAUUUUUAAAUGUCGAAAUGCACUUUUUUUAAUUCAUUCGUUCAUAAAUUUUAUACUAUAUUAUUAUGUAGAAGCUUCUAUAUUAUACAUAUUUUUAUAUAAAGUAUAUUUCUUCUAAAGGAAAUAUACUUAUAAAUUGCAUAUUGCCUCUCAAAACUAGAAUCUUCUACAUAUGUGAUGUUAGCAUUAUUAAUAAUUAGUGAGAUUUACAAAAUGACUAAUCGUAUUACUUUAAUGUAAGUAUCACACAUUUUUUAUACUAUUGUAAGUGAUAUGAGAAAGAGAAAAAUUUUGUUACGUUUUUAUACAUUACAGCUAUAGCUUUAAAUUUGACACUCUAUCAAUAAGGGCAUAAAAAGUACCUAUCAUAAAGAAUUUUAAUAAAAUGCCCAAAGAACCUGUACUAUUUUUUGUACUGGGUGCUAUUUUAUUAUGUAUAGCAUAUUACAUAAUGUAUGCGUAUUACAGUAUUCAACGACAAUAUUUACAAAAACUAAGAUAAUCAUUUCUCAUAAUUUUUCUGUACGUAAUACGAUACGUACUAAAUUUAUUUUACAACUUUGAGAAAUUUGCGGUUAUUGCAAAAAAAAAUUAUUUUAGUAUAUUUUAGCAUAUUAUAUUAUAUUGGACAUAGCUACGAUAUGUAACAUGUUGGAGAAAUUGUAUUACCUUCAAAAUUGAGCAGCGUCAAGACUUGCAACUCUUAAAAGAAAAUUGUUGUGUCGAUUAUGGUUAAGAAGUAUUUGUAAAUUUGAUUAAUAAUAGGAUCUACUGCGUUAACCUUGCGACUUGCAUAUGAUAGUAAGACUCCACCAAAUCUUUUUUAAUUACAAACUGCAGAAAACGAUUACCCUUAAUUGUUCUUGUAUCUCGAAAAAGACAUUUUUUCAAAUCAACAAUGCGUUAUAUCUUAAACUUUAGUCUGAUUUCAUUAAAGGACUACGUGAGAAAAUUACAAAUUUCUUUGCUGAUGGACCCUGCACUGCUAAAAUUUAUUUAUACGUACAAAUAUGAAGUACAGAAAUAUAGGAGGUAUAUACAAGAGUGUAUGUACAAUGACGAUGUACAAAAACUUAGGAAUUAACAUGAGUAUAUAGUAAUUGUAUGCUUUUAUACAUGUUUAUGUGACUAAUACGCGCUAACGAGCUUCGUCAUUAAUAACUUACGCCACUUGAAUACACCUACGCUCACAGCUUACGCUAUAAAUACAAAAACUAUUUGGUAAUCGUUGGUACCACCAAGAAAGUACUGCUUCUUUGUCAAGGUUUAAGUCGAUUUACCUGCGAAAUCUUUUUACAGAAACAGCUUCCUUUUGUAUUAUUUUUGCACCUGCGAAGUUUGACAUGCGUAAACUGAUAAUUACGCUUGACAUAUACUGAAAUAAUCUAUUGUGUCGUGAAUUAGCCGACUGCUCGUUGAGCGAAGUUUUCCUCUUGCGCUGUUCCCUCAGCGUUCACGUUUGCAAUGUAACAACGUCAAAAUUACAAAGGAAGCGGGAGAAAAAGCAUACAUUGAUAUUUUUAUUGCUAAAAUAAUUGGUGACAGAGGACUCCUUAAAAUACUGUUCAAACAUUAUUUUUCUAAUGACUUCGAAUAAUACGAGCAUUCGAUUGUAUCUGCGAUAAAAAUAAACUAUAGAGUGGCGCGUAUCAUCGAUACGAUGAUAAUAGUUCAAACUUAUCUUAAAAACUCGGGAAUCAAAAUGUUUUAUUAUCUAAACCGCUGUCUCGCGUGUCUUAAUUAUUCUAAAAUUUAUCUGACUGAUUCAGUCAUUUAUCUAUGCACUAAAACUCUUACGACUAAUUCUUUAUAUUAUAAGAAAUAGAAUUACACACACACAGAGUAUGAUCUAUACAGAUCGUAACGACACUUAAAGGUCAGAUUUCUGAAAUUAUAUAGUACCUAAUGUCGUUACAAUCUUAAUGGGACAUUGUGUAUACAGGGUGUCUAUAGAGAGGGUUAAACUGAAUAGAGAAGUUCUCUACCGUUUUACGAGUUACUAAAAAAUUAAUGAGAAAUUAAUUAAUAAUAAAGACCUAUGGCGAGCUUGCGAAUUCGGGCGAUUCGGUAAGAGACGACUCAUUGUCAGUGAUACGCACUACUUGUGGUAGAUGCAAGCAACACUACCUCUUCUCGUCGAGUCGCGCCGAUACACGCUGAGUACGGAUCUUUUAUUAAUUAUUGCAAUUACUUUAAUUAUUUGCGGAACUCAUUAAUUCCUGCAAUAGUCGUAAAAUAGCAUAGGACUUUUCGAGUCUACCUGUCCAUGAGAGGUGACCCGCAAAUUAUGAGAAACCCUGUAUAAUGAUUAAAAAAUAAUCUACUCAGGCACAUUGAUUUAUGUAAAUAUAAUAAUAUCAUAAUCCUAGCACACAAAACUAACAUUUUUCUAUAACAUUGUCAUCAAGUAUGAGUAUUUUCUCACAUACUCGUAAUUGUCCGGGAAAACAUGGAAAUAUCUUAUUAUAUACGUCUCAAUCAUGUAAUAUAUAAUUAGAUAUUAUACAUAUUGAGACAUAUGUACCAGAUCUGACGUGACACUUGUUAU